GGGAAAAAGGAGAAGAAGGUGCCUUCCGCAGAACCGAACAAGACAAGACAAGACAAGAGAGAGAGAGAGAGAGAGAGAGAGAGAGCGAGUCAUUGUUGUUUUCAAUUUGAAAAUCACAACACAUUGCAGAGACACAGACACAGACACAGACAUGAUCGUUGCAAGCAGAUCGCUGCUGAGUUUCCUCCUUGCCUGCUCUUUACAAUUCAUUCUUGGCUUUUCUGAUGACUCGCCUGGUUCUAAAGAUGCUACAAAAACUGAAGCUCAUACCCACAGCACUCGUUCUAUGAUUGUCAUUUUGUUAAUUGUGCUUGUGGUAUUUUCUUUGUUAUCUUUUUUACUUUUUAAGUUGUGGCGGAAGAAGAAAAGGGAAGAGCAAUAUGCUCGUCUUUUGAAAUUGUUUGAAGAGGAUGACGAGUUGGAGCUUGAGCUUGGCCUAAGGGACUGACCUACCUUUCUAAUUCAAUAUCAUUCAUUGUAUUGUAGUCAAGGCUUGGGUGAAUUUGUUUGUUUUGAAAAUUUUGCUUCUUGCAUAGCCAAGAUGAAUAUGGCAUCCUAUGAGGAGGUUAAGACUUUUUUGAGGAGAAGAACUAUGAUUGUUUGUAAUGCUAUUCAAUGAUUUUUUUUUUUUUUGCGUAGAUAUUUAUUUGUCUACAUAGUAGGUGAAGAGAGGGCAAACUCUGCACAAAAUGAUUGGACGUUGUCUUCUAGAGUAUGAUACUCUUGAAAUCUGUUGAUAUGUAUGAUAUUGUAGUCUUGACAUGUUAAAGGUAAUCUAUGGUGUCCAGGAAUGAGUGCCUUGUUAUAUGUUGAGGGCUUUUGCUUUCUAAAAUGACAAAGGUGAGACGGAUGAAGAGGAUCUGUAUUAAAUAACUUGUUUGCUUUUGGUUAUAGUUAUGGUCUCUUG